AAAGCUCAAAUGCAAAAGUGUGCGCUAAGUCUAUCCCAUCCAUUACGACAAAGGGCCGUGCCUGAAAUCAUGGAAACUACUCCUCCUCCCUUUUCGUCGUGGCCACGUCAAAUGUCGCACCGUCUGGUAUUUACAUGACUGCCUUUAAAAGCAGAAACCCGGGAAGUUGCGGCAGUUAGACUCUUGCCGCUAUAACUUACAAUUAUGCCUGAACCUAAAACCGCCCCUGCUCCUAAGAAAGGCUCGAAGAAAGCCGUUUCUAAGAGCCAGGCGAAGGGUGGAAAGAAACGCAGAAAGACUAGGAAGGAAAGCUAUUCCAUCUACGUGUACAAAGUGCUGAAGCAAGUUCACCCCGACACUGGUAUUUCUUCGAAAGCGAUGGGCAUCAUGAACUCGUUCGUGAAUGACAUUUUCGAGCGCAUCGCCGGUGAGGCUUCUCGCCUUGCUCACUACAACAAGCGUUCGACCAUCUCUUCCCGGGAGAUCCAGACUGCUGUGAGGCUCCUGCUACCGGGAGAGCUUGCUAAGCACGCCGUGUCCGAGGGCACUAAGGCAGUUACCAAGUACACCAGCUCCAAGUAAAUGCCUACUUAAAACCAACGGCUCUUUUCAGAGCCACC